AUGAUCAGCCCGGUUGUACAAUUCCACGGGAAGUGGCCAUUCCGUAGGCUCCUAGGGAUGCAGGAGCCCUUCUCGGUGCUCUUCUCCUUCUUCAACUUCGCUGCCCACUGGCAUGGCAUGUCUCGUAUUCAAGAGUCUAUCCCCGCCUGGCACUCGCUCCGCCCAUAUUACAUGAUGUUUGGAUACGCUGGACUUGCAAGCUGGAGUUUCAGCAUGAUAUUCCAUAUGCGUGAUUUCCCCCUGACGGAGAAGCUGGACUACUGGGCGGCUGGCGCUAGUGUGCUGUACGGUCUCUACCUUGCUGUUGUUCGAAUUUUCCGCCUGGACCUCGAGUAUCCUCCAUACCGGCCAACCCUACGUCGGCUUUGGACUGCUGUCUGCGUUCUGCUGUACACAUUGCACGUGUCUUAUCUUACCUUCUGGUCUUGGGACUACACUUACAAUAUGAUGGCGAACGUAGUCGUUGGCAUUAUUCAAAACCUCUUGUGGACCGGUUUUAGUAUCUUCCGAUACCAAAGACAUUUGAAAUCUUGGACCGCCUGGCCUGGUAUGAUUGUGGCGUGGAUAAUCAUGGCUAUGAGUUUAGAGUUGCUCGAUUUUCCCCCUUGGAAUGGGUUGAUCGACGCGCACAGUCUCUGGCAUCUGGGUACAGUGGUCCCCGCUGUUUGGUGGUAUUCGUAUGUCAUCCCUCCGUUUGCACGACAUAUUUUGUUCCCAUGA